GUGCCACACCCAAAUGUUGUGUUGAAACGACUAAAAAGUUUCCUCUAGAAGUUCUGCUGAAGGUCACGAAAUACGACGUCCAGACGGGCCAAGGAGUGUGUGCGAUUGAUGCCCUCGUAUUGCAUACCAAAUACAAGAGAUACUGUGCAGCACCCAAGCUGGAGAGACUUCUGAAAAAGAUCCUUUCAAAAUCGAGGAACGGUCUUAGAAACGGUUCUGCUGUUUGAAUGGGAUCAGAGGAUAUAAUGCAACGCAUCAUAAACAUGUGGAAAGAUCCUUUACUUUCUUCUGUAACACUUUAUUAUAAGGUGACAGUUACACAUGUUACAUGUACUUACUACAGUAAUAACAGUAAGUUGCGCAUAAUUACAAGUAUCUAACCAUACAUGUAGUUAAUAAUUACUACUAAGUACUUAUUUGUGUAAUUAUACUGUAACAACAUCCUUAACAACAUCUGUUUGCAUGUUUUUCUACAUUAGCUUGAUGAACUAGGUUAACUUGCAUAAUAGUUACUAGUCUUGAACACAUUUUGUUUAAUACUUUAUAGCUGCUUUCUUACAACAAAAUAAAGAUGUUUAUAUAUAUAUAUAUAUUUCUCAUGCUUUCAAAUAUACUUAGUAUUAAGUUACAUAUAUUAUGUUUGUAAUGCUUUGAGUAUGAGAAAGGCACAUAAAACUUUUUACCAUUAAAAAUGGAUAAAGCAGAUCAACAGCACGUCUUGAGUUAUGGUUCAAGUAAAGGGCUGUUAGUGUGAUUGAUGAAGGUACUUUGAUGGGCUUUUUUAUUAUAGACCUUUGUUUAAAUAGAAAAAUCCAGUCUUCUGGGUAAAGACAGAUAUUAAGAUAUUUACAAACUAUAUAUAUAUGGAGGUCUUACGGGCUUGGAACGACAUGAGGGUGAGUGAGUCAUUAAUGACAUAAUGUUCAUUUUUGGGUGAACUAACCCUUUAAGGCAACAUCAUGUAUUUAAAAUUUAUAUAAAGUGUUAGUUCUUAUUAAUGCCAUGAGAAUUAUGUUUCCAUCCGUUUUUAUUUACUACUGUUAACAAUCUUUCUGAAGGUUUUACUCACCUAAAGGAUUGUUAGGAACACCAAUGCAUUU